UAUGAUUAUAACACGAACAAAGAUUUUUAUUAUUUAUUUAAUAAAAAGCAGGAAGCAUAAUUAUAUAUUUAAAGCCCUGUAGUAUAUUUAUAAAAAAUGGUUGAAAAAGUUUCAUUAAGAAGAUCUAUUGCAAAACUGGAUUGUCCAGCUAUUAUAGCUUUUGGCAAUCCUUUGCUGGAUGUUUAUGUAACAAUAAAAAAUGAUGAUUUGUUGAAAAAGUUCAAUCUUCCUACGGAUGGAGAAAUAGAACUUCCUGUUGAAAAAAUGCAGGAGUUGCUGGCGGAUUUACCACUAGAAUCACGACAUAGAUUCAGUGCUGGAGGAUCAGCACAAAAUUCAAUGAGAGUUUUACAAUGGCUUUGCGAUGAAACUCAUCAAAAUCAAUAUACUAUAUAUUGUGGAGGACUUGGAAAUGAUUCAGGGGGGAAAAUGUUGGAGAUCUUAGUUAGAUCAGCAGGUGUGGAUGUCAGAUAUGCAAUUCAUCCAACUUUACCUACAGGACAUUGCAUAGCCCUGACAAGUGAAUCAACUCGUAGUCUUGUUGCAAAUAUAGGAGCUGCUAGUGUAUAUACUCUAGAUGACCUUAAGAAAACCAGUUUAUCAUUAGAUACAAUAAAAAUAAUUUAUAUUGAAGGAUUUUUCCUAGCACACAGUUUUCCUUUAGUAAAAGACCUUGUUAAACAAGCAGAAGAGAGAGACAUAAUUAUUGCUUUCAACUUAAAUGGAACAUAUAUAUUUAAUGAUCAUCACAUAGCAAUUUGUGAAAUGGUAGGAUAUGCAAAUAUUGUAUUUGGUAAUGCAAGAGAAAUGGAAGCUCUGGCUCAAUCAUUAAAUGUUACAUAUGAAGAUGUAACAGAUAUACCAUUUUUACUGAAUAGUUUAAAGAGAAUUACAGUUAAUGUUUGUAACACAGUCAAUGAAGAUUGGUUGCGUCAUGGGGGAGUAUUUGUUAUGACUCAAGGUGGCUCAGCUCCAGCAAUUACUGUUUGGGGAAGAAGUCAAUCUGUUCAAGUACAACCAAUUAAACCAAAGGCUCCUGUUGUAGACACCACAGGUGCUGGUGAUGCUUUGGCAGCUGGUUUUCUAGCCGGCGUUUUAGCUCGAUGGAAACCAAAAUAUUGCUUAGAAUAUGGUUGCAAAGUAGCAUCAUUUAUGGUAACCAAACUUGGUAUUACACUACCAGAUAAUGUACCACCAGAUUUAUUAGAAUAACAAUGUUUAUUACAAACGAGACGGUUCAUCAUUAAACAGUACUUAUCUAUCUCAUGUGAAAUUCUACGAGUAACUUUUACUCAGAGUUUUAUUAGAAAAAGAAUUGUUGUGAUAAUAGAAAUAUAAAGCUUCAUAUUUAUGUUUAUAUCUUAACUGUAUUGUAGCUUUAUCUACAACUGUUAUACGAUUGUUGUAGAAACAAAGUUUUAGUUUAUUUAAUAUGUUAUAUCAAUGUUAGAUUUAUAAAAUCUAAAAAUAAUCAUUGUUUUUAUUGUGAAAAAAGUCAUAUCGUAUAUCUAUCAUAUAGAUUGGUGCCAAGGGAUUUACUUAUAUCGUUAAUUGUAUUUUAAAAAUGGUAGAAUACAAUAUCUUAAACAAAUUUUUAUUAACAUUAAUAAAAAGAACAAAAUGUAUAAUUUUGCUCAGAUAUAUAAAUGUUUGUCAUAUUGUAUUGUACAAAAUCUUAUAGUUUAAAUUUUUAAACAGAGAGUUUAACCGAUAAAGAUUAUUAUACACUGGGAAAAAUGCUAUAUCUAUAAAAACUAAUGUACAAAAGUAUUGUACAAAUUUAUUUUUACAAAUAAAAUUAUUUUGGAAAAUA